AUGCUUAUGGCCUGCGCUCCAGCUGCUAUUGCUACAUUUGUCGAAGUUGUGGGAUCAGCGAACAGCAAUAUGUUUCUAGUACUUCCAGGUACAGAACUCACCGCUAAUGUAUGCUUUCGGGCAGACACUGGAUAUAACAGUUGCUUGACCUUCUUCACUAAGGAUGAUCCAAAUGGAAAAAGUUCUUGUUCUUCCGAUAAUGUCUGGUGUUUUAAAGUUGUUUCUGUUGACGGCAGCAAAGGAAGAAUUGAUUAUUCAAUCAUGUUUGGGAACCGAGAAUCAAAUGUACAAUCAUCUGUUGAUAAUGAUUUUAAAUGUGAAACUGUUUUAAAUGUAAUGCAGUGUAAAUUUGUUAUUCCUAAUCACGGAUUUGACAUGUAA